AUGGCGAGCCCGAGCCGGAGCCGGAGUCGGAGCCCGAGGGCGCGGCGGCCGCCGCGGGGCCUGGCGCGUGCGGCCCCUGCCCCCUCCUCCCCCGGCGCCCGGCGUCCGGCCCGCGACCCCCGCCCCUCCCGGGCCCCCCGGCCCCAGCGGGCGGCGGCGGCCGCCGGCCCGGCCCCGAGGGGGCGCUGGAGGGCGGCGGGAGGGGCGCCUGGGCCCCAGCGGGAGGCCCCGGGCCGGGCUCACCUGGGGCGUGCUUCGGGCCCCCGGGGGUCGCAGGGCCCGGCGGCGGCCGAGCGCGGCCCCUCCCGGGCCCUCGGUCGGGGGCUUUCGGCCGCGUCCGGACGGACUCCGGAGCCGCGCCGACUUAGCUCGCUCUCCUGCGGGCCCCGAGCGCGCGGAGCCGCCGCGACCACCUGCCCCAGCCCCGACCCCGCACGGGCUGGGCCCACCGCGGCCGCGCGUGUGCGAGGCGCGCUGGUCGGCGGCUGCCGCACCCCCACCAGCCUGGGCCCCGGCCGGAUUCAGGCCGAGCCUGCCGGUGGCGGCGUUUCAAGUUGGGGGGAGUGGAGUUGGGGUGAAACCAGCCCUGACCCUCUUGUCGCUGCACACGUUAACGCUCGGAACGGUGGCAGCGCGGUCCCCGCGACGCACCGAGGUGCGCCGCAAUCCCCGCGGCCGGGGGUCCGAGCGGCCCCCUCCCGCCCGAGCUGCUCCCGCUUAGGCCAGGACAGGAAAAGUCCUGGCGCACCGUUGUGUGUCCCCCCGCAAGCCUCAGCGGAACAGCCCUGGAAACUUCCUGUAGUUCAGACACUUCGGUUUUCACUCCUUCUGGUGCAGAAACUUGGAAAGAAAACCUGGCAAAAGCACACGUUUUAUGAUCGUCGUCUUUAAUUGAUUAUACACACGUGUUUGACUCUCCAGGACUUUCCUGUACUCGCGCUCUCUCGCACUUCAUGUGACGUGUGAUUAGU